GGAGUAGGAGAAAUAUCACUGCUACUACUCAACCUUUGGUGCUUUUGAUUUCUAUUAACCAUGGCUUCUGAUGGGGUUACUGAGAAUUGCCUUGCCUGGGCGGCCCGAGAUCCUUCUGGAGUUCUCUCUCCCUACAAAUUUAGCCGCAGGGCAGUUGGAGUUGAUGAUGUUUCCCUAAAAAUUACACACUGUGGAGUUUGUUAUGCUGAUGUUUUUUGGACUAGAAAUGGAUUUGGAGACUCGAGAUAUCCUUUGGUCCCUGGACAUGAAAUUGUUGGAAUAGUUAAAGAGGUUGGUUCCAACGUUCGUGGCUUCAGAGUUGGUGAUCAUGUUGGAGUGGGAACUAUGGUCAACUCCUGCAGAGAUUGUGAGUAUUGUAAUGAUGAUCUUGAAAAUUGUUGCUCCAAAGGGAGGAUCUCGACCUUCAAUGGUGUUGAUGUAGAUGGUACCAUCACAAAAGGUGGAUAUUCCAGUUACAUAGUUGUCCAUGAAAGAUUCUGCUUCAAAAUACCCAAUGAAUAUCCUCUGGCUUUGGCAGCUCCAUUGCUUUGUGCUGGAAUUACUGUUUAUUCACCAAUGAUACGCCAUAAGAUGAACAUACCUGGCAAAUCUCUAGGUGUUAUCGGGCUUGGUGGUCUUGGUCACAUGGCAGUGAAGUUUGGUAAGGCUUUCGGAUUAAAAGUAACCAUUUUUAGCACGAGCAUAUCUAAGAAAGAGGAAGCCCUGAAUCUGCUCGGUGCAGACAACUUUGUUAUCUCAUCUGACCAAGAGCAUAUGAAGGCCCUAACCAAAUCACUGGACUUCAUAGUUGACACAGCAUCUGGUGAUCACCCCUUUGAUCCCUACUUGGAACUCUUGAAAAUUGGUGGGAUUUAUACCCUUGUUGGGUUUCCAAGUGAAAUAAAGUUCAGUCCUGCCAGCCUAAACAUAGGUUUGAGAACGUUUUCAGGAAGUAUGACAGGUGUUGCUUAAGUUUAUUAUAAAUUUUAAUUAAUUUA